CAUCUGAUGUUGGAGCUGCCAGGAAGGGUGGAGAAGAAUCCAUACUAUAGCCAGUAUCAUUAUAUUUUUCCAUUGUCUGAGCGAUUUAGACGGCAGAAUGAUACCGAACGAGGAGAUAUCGGGCCGGAAGAAGGAGAUAGAGGAAAAGCUGAAGCAGGAGGAAGAAAUGCUGACAUUCAUAAAGGAGAGUCUAGAUAAAAGUGAUCAGCUAACCAAUAACAUGGUGUCCAUCCUUUCUUCCUUCGAGAGCCGAUUGAUGAAGUUGGAGAACUCCAUCAUCCCCGUGCACAAGCAGACAGAGACAUUGCAACGCCUGCAGGAGAAUGUGGAGAGCACCCUUUCCUGUCUGGACCACGUCAUUAGCUACUACCAUGUAGCCACAGAGACGGAGAGAGUUAUCCGAGAGGGGCCAUCGGGACGACUAGAGGAGUACCUAAGCUGCAUUGCCAAGAUUCAGAAAGCAGUGGAGUAUUUUCAAGAUAACAAUCCCGACAGCCCCGAGUUAAACAGAGUGAAGUCACUGUUUGAAAAAGGAAAGGAAUCCUUGGACGCUGAGUUCCGUAACCUCCUUCAGAGACAUAGUAGACCGGUUCCUCCGAUUCUUAUCUUGGACCUCAUUGGUACAGAUGAAGAGAUAGAAGGACAAGAGGAGGGAAUUAUGGAGCAUCUUCCAGAGGGGAUCUUACUGGACAUCAUACGCAUAUCUCAGUGGUUGGUAGAGUAUGGAAGAAACCAAGACUUUAUGAAUGUAUACUACCAGAUUCGCUCCAGCCAACUGGAUCGUUCAAUCAAGGGCUUGAAAGAACAUUUCCGAAAGAACAGCACAAGUACUGGGGUCCCCUAUUCUCCUGCUGUGCAAAACAAGAAGAAGGAUACCCCCACCAAGAAGCCAGCCAAGAGACCUGUCUUCAUACCAGGAACUAUCCGCAAAGCUCAGAAUCUUCUCAAACAGUAUUCACAGCACGGGCUUGAUGGGAAAAAGGGAGGGUCAAGCCUUGGAGUCCUUGAAGGUCACGAACAAGAUUCACGUAGCAGGCUCCAUGGAGAGGCAAUGGGAGAAAAACACGGGGCACCCUUAGGGAAGGAGGAUGUGCUUGAUUUUGAGAUUGAUACUUACAUAUACUGUAUCAGUGCUUUUGUGCGACUUGCACAGUGUGAAUACCAACUACUUAUGGACAUCAUUCCUGAACAUCAUCAGAAGAAGACUUUUGAUUCUCUCAUCCAGGAGACCCUGGAUAACCUUAUGUUGGAGGGAGAAAACAUUGUCUUAGCUGCAAAGAAAGCCAACUCAAGGCAUGACUUCACCUCUGUUCUGAGCAUCUUCCCCAUAUUAAGGCACCUGAAACUUCUCAAGCCUGAGUUCGACAAAGUUCUCCAGGGUACUGCUGCUAGCACCAAGAACAAACUACCAAACCUUAUAAACUCUAUAGAGACAACAGGAGCCAAAGCUCUAGAAGAUUUUGCGGACAGUAUUAAGAAUGACCCUGAUAAGGAGAAUAGCAUGUCCAAAGAUGGUACAGUGCAUGAACUGACCAGUAAUGCUAUCCUUUUUCUACAGCAAUUACUUGAGUUCCAGGAGACAGCAGGAGCCAUGCUGGCCUCACAAGUUCUUGGGGACACUUACAAUAUUCCUAUUGAUCCCAGAGAGAGCAGUUCCACUGCCAGCAGCUACAGCACUGAGUUUAGCCGACGUCUCCUCAGUACUUAUAUCUGUAAAGUCUUAGGAAAUCUGCAGCUCAAACUCCUGUCUAAGUCCAAGAUGUAUGAGGAUCUGGCCCUGGGAGCUAUAUUCCUGCACAACAAUUAUAACUACAUCCUCAAGUCACUGGAGAAGUCAGAGCUCAUGCAAUUGGUGUCUGUGACCCAGAAGAACCCCGACAGUUUAUACCGCGAGCACAUAGAACAGCAGAUCCAGACAUACCAAAGAAGUUGGUUAAAAGUGGUGGACUAUGUUAGUGACAAGAACCUGCCAGCACUUCAGGGAGCCAAGCUAAAAGACAAGGAGCGGCAGGUCAUAAAAGAACGUUUUAAGGGGUUUAACGAAGGUCUGGAGGAGAUCUGCAAGAUCCAAAAGUCUUGGGCUAUUCCAGACAAGAAACAGCGUGACCGGAUACGCCAGGCUCAGAAGACCAUCGUGCAGGAGGCAUAUAGGGCCUUCUUACACAAAUUCGGGACAGGUGUCAGCUUUACUAGGAACCCAGAUAAAUAUAUCAAAUAUUCAGUGGAACAUGUUGGUGUGAUGAUCGAAAGGCUCUUUGACACCUCAGCAUAAAGGACUUUGUUCCUGUUGAAGACUAUGUAUAUAGUUAUACAGAUAUGUCACAUUGCUGUAAAUAUAUAUAUUAAAACUUGACCUA